AUGCACAGGUUUGUAAUACUUAACAAUCCUUCACAGAUUGUUGAAAUGUUGAAAUACAUUAAACAGUUCUAUACCUUUGGAGAUGGUUCAGAAAAUCUCAUAGAAAGUAAGGGCUCCCUAUCAGGAAAGAUUAAAGAACUGCAACAAUUUUAUGGGCUGCAGGAAACAGGGGAACUGAACCGUGAAACCAUAGAAAUAAUGAAAGCACCUCGAUGUGGUUUUCCUGAUCUCGCUCGCUAUCAACUCUAUCCAGGGAGACCUCGGUGGAGGAAACCAUUUGUCACAUACAAUAUAGUGAAUUAUCUACCUCAACUAAGCUACUUUGAAAUAGAAGAUGCCAUUUGGAGGGCUGUGAAUAUUUGGCAAAAAGCAACCCCACUGAAUUUUGUCAGAGUCCAUAAUUUUGAAGCUGAUAUCAUGAUUUCAUUUGAAGGACGCGCUCAUGGUGAUAAUUUUCCAUUUGAUGGACGUGGAGGAACUUUGGCUCAUGCAUUUUCACCUGGACCGGGUAUUGGAGGGAAUAUUCAUUUUGAUCAGGACGAGGAUUGGACAAUAGGACACUAUGGUGUCAAUCUAUUUCAUGUUGCUGCCCAUGAAUUUGGUCACGCACUGGGGCUUGGUCACUCCAGGCAUCGUUCUGCUGUGAUGUAUCCUACGUACAAAUACGGUCGAUCAAAUAUAAUCUCUCUUUCAUGGGAUGAUAUCAUAGCUGUGCAGGAUCUAUACUUCUGGCGAAUAGAACCAAAAGUAGCUGAUGCCAAGUUCAUCGCUAUCCAAGAUGUCUGGCAUGGUCUCCCAUCGAGCAUCGACGCUGCUUGUGAAAUUCCUGAGGACAAUAUUAUUUAUUUUUUCAAAGGAUCAAAAUUUUGGACUUACAGCCAUUUUGGACGGAGCCAAAACUCCUCUCAAUCCAUCUCCCUGUUUGGAUUUCCAACAUAUGUGAAGCAAAUCGAUGCAGUAGUAUUUAUUCAACAGACAAAAAAACUAAUAUUCUUUGUGGGGACGAUGUACUGGAGUUAUAAUGAUGAAACAAAGUCUAUGGACGAUGGCUAUCCAAAACAGAUAAAUAGCAGCUGGCCAGGAAUCGAUGAUAACAUAGAUGCUGCCUUACAAAAUAAUGGAUUGCUGUACUUCUUCAGUGGGUCACGCCUGUAUGAAUAUGACAACUGGAGAAGGGAAAUUGUUCCAACCAACAUAACAUAA